CUCCUCCCAGGCUGACGUCAUGGAUAUGUAUGCCGUGCCCAACCCCGAAAUACCAGAAUGUCCACCAGGGUUAGAGUACCUGACUCAGAUGGCGCCGCGGACGGCGCCUCGGUGUCUUGGUGCGCGAUUCUUGCACCUUCCGCCAAAAAAAGUUCCUCGUUUGUUUGUGUUUUUUUAAUAUGAACAUUCUUUGGCAAUAAACCUGUUUCUGAUUCUGAUUCUGAUUCUGAUGUCGUUUCCUUUUUUUGCUUAUCAAGAGUAGAGGAAACAAGCAAGUAUCACUAACUCCUUCAUUCCCUCGUUGCAUCACGCUUAGGACACAAUAUCAGCAAAUAGUCCAGUGUCAGUUGAAGCUGAAUGUGGCAUCCAUGACCUCCUUCAUCAAAUUAAUUCAUUUAAAAACAUAUUUCACACCCUAAAUCUGAUGAUAUGGAUAUUGUAAUAUAUAGAGAUGGGCCUUUUUCUUCUGUAAAGUCAUUAUAACGUGUCACUGUAAGAAAAGCACACGUGUUUUUAAUGAAGGAAGCUGCUUCAGUUGCGACUUGCUCACAAUAGAUCAGAGCCAUCUUGAAUGUUAUCAAUAACAGCUGUUCUUUUGCCACUAUGACAGGUGAAAUGGUCUAAUGUAAACAAUACAUCUGAAACCCAGGCUGUGGGCCUCUACUGCCACUCCUCUGUUGGAGUUGUUAUACACAUUAGUGGUGCAUUAAUAAGUACAUAACAAUGUCCAUUUAAAAAAAAGGAGAACAAAUCUAAUGAAGGAAACCUCUGCUGUAACGUUCUCGGCCCUCCCUUCCUGCUACACCCACUCAGCUGCUGCAUUUAACAGUUGAAUCCAGUCUAAGUGGUUGUCUUGUUUUCUAGGUGGAUCAGCUGCUCAUCAAACAGAAAGUCGAGCUUGUUGAAGCUCUCGUCGGUUUUGAAAGCAACAACAAAUACGAGGUCCGCAACAGCUUGGGUCAGAACGUGUUCUACGCCGUCGAGGAAAACGACUGUCUGAGCCGGCAGUGCUGCGGCCCCAUGCGCUCCUUCAACAUCCACGUCCUUGACAACUUUGGACAGGAGGUGAUCACCGUCACCAGGCCGCUCAAGUGCAUGUCAUGCUGCUUCCCUUGUUGUCUCCAAGAGCUGGAGGUGCAGUCUCCCCCUGGUAACACAGUGGGGUACGUCAAACAACAGUGGCACCCGUUCUCCCCCAAAUUCAUCGUCUCCAACGAACACUCCGAGCCUGUGCUGAAGAUCAACGGGCCCUUCUGUGGAUGGAGCUGCCUACCAGACGUUGACUUUGAGAUUCUCACGAUGGAUGAAGUCAGUAAGAUUGGGAAAAUCAGUAAGCAGUGGACGGGGCUUCUCCGGGAAAUGUUCACGGACUCGGACAACUUUGGGAUCCAGUUUCCCAUGGAUCUGGAUGUGAAAAUGAAGGCCGUGAUGAUCGGCGCAUGUUUUCUCAUUGAUUUCAUGUUCUUUGAGACUACUAACUAGGAGCCAAACAAGAAGUCCAUGUGAGCGUCCAAACAUUCCUGGAAGAACAAGGCCACAAAGCCGUGAUAAUCAAAUGCCCUAGCAUAGAACAACCUUCAAACGGUACCGAGUUACCGAAAUGCUCAAAUGUUGCAUGAAAAAAUGAGACGGAGGGUUUGUUUUAGUCUUAGUUGCUCAGGUUGGCGGUAAACACACGUUACUGGGCUGUGAAUGCACCGUGCGGUGUUCUUCAACAAUGCUUGUGAGGAGGUUUUCAUUUGUUUUUACAUUAUGCUCGCUGAGCCCACCUGGGACCCAGAUCCCAGAAGCUUGUGUUACUACUUUUAAGAACAAGACUUGAAUAAUAGGAUAACAUCCAUAUACAAGUACAUGAAAAGGGAAAACCAUUGCAGGCAAGUGCUGCUAUACAGUUUGUCAAAGCACCAAAGAGCACUUAUGUAAUUUGGUCAUAUUAAUAGUCAAGAUGUUAAUUUAUAUAAAACACUAUGCUUGUAGCUAUGCUGUGUGGGAACUAAAAAAUGUGUGUAAUGUAGUAUCUUCUAGUUCAGACAUUCAGAACCCGUAUUUAUUUAUUUAUAUUUGACUAUGUUAAACAAUUUGUCGACAUACACUAAUGCGUGUGCGCUUGUGUGCACGUGCACGGCUCUGUGUGCUAUAUGAGCUUACUUGUGCGUUUUAACUGACACAUGGACUAACUAGAAUGGGCACUCGGUAGAGCGCAUACCUUCGCAUAUCACAAGAUUGGGCAUUGAAUUAUGAACAUUUUGGCAUUAGUUGCAUGCCAAUUGGACAAAAAUGUAUCGUGCUAUGGUAAAAAAAAGAUGUUGACCUUUCCUUGACCUUGACCUUUGACCCGAUUGAUCCCAAAAUCUAAUCAAAUGGUCCCCGGAUAAUAACCAAUCAUCCCACCAAAUUGCAUGCGAUUUGGUUCAAUACUUUUUGAGUUUUGCGAAUAACACGCAUACAAAUAAAUAAAUAAAUAAAUACACGGCGAUCAAAACAUAACCUUCCGGCAUUUUCAAUGCGAAGGUAACUAGGACUACUAUAGUAUUUUUCAAUGGAUUGGUCAUGGCUUGAUGUGUCCCAGUCUUGUCCACAAGAGGGAGCUAGCUUUUCAUUUUAGAAUAACGUGGACGAACUCGAUACCUGCUUAUGCCAUCGCUUUUAAUUGAAUUACUUGUUUCAGAUAACAUUGUAUGUCUCUCAACAACCCCAGGUUGAAAUGCAUGCGACUGUAUUACAGUGAUGGCUUCUGCUUACUCCGGCACCUGAUACUAACACGUCAUCUUUUGGAGGAGAUGUACAAUUAAAUCAUCCAGAUAUAAUGACGUCUUUUACCAUUGCUGGUAUAUGGACUUUAGUGUGGAUCUUUCUCACUGUUGGUUCUGCUGCUGGUCUCACAGCUCUACACAUGUCAAAAGUCAAAUGUAAAAUUUGAAAAAGGAUUUGGUGUUUGGGGCCAUUAGUCGGAUUAGGGAUGGUAAAAGUAAAAUAUUGUAGGGAAGACAUUAUCUAUGUGCUACAUCAACAUCAGAGACGUCAAGAGCUCUUUUGUAGCAUCAUGAAAAAACACCUAUCUUAAGUUAUUUUCUCAGAGAUAUUUAGUGUUAAAAGGCUUUUAUUUUUGUAAAAAUAAAAUAGGAUAAUAAACUACCAUAAGAGAAGAUCUAAUAUUCCCAGUGUAGACUUAACUUUUUAUGUGUCAAUGUUUAAUUCUUUUUGACUGUUUUUACAACUUGAUUUUGAGACUAAAUACAUCUUUAAAAACUUAAGAAUGGGUGGAUUUGGUUUUUUUGCAGUCUGCUGUUUGCAUGGCUUAAGUUGUUGGUGUUCAACUCUUAAGUAAAUCUGAAUUACAUUCUCUCCCUUAAGAUUACCUUGAUCAUUUGGUUGAAUGUAUUAUACUAUGCUGGUGCCACGUCCUCUGAAGGCUCUUUGAUUGUGUUUAAAAGCCAAAAAUGAAAGUCAGAAUGUGAUAUAUAUGGUUCAUUCCCAGUACCACUAUGUAUUUAUUAAAAUAACCAUACUUUUCCACUAA